AUGGGAUUGGUCGGUUCAUUAUUCUCGUUCAUAGUCUUCCUUAGCUGUCUCAUUGCGGUUUGUGGCCAAGGUACGAGGAUCGGGUUCUACUCGACCACAUGCCCUAACGCCGAGACCAUUGUUCAGACCACUGUGACAUCUCACUUUGCUUCAGAUCAAAAGAUUGCACCCGGAUUACUAAGAAUGCACUUCCACGAUUGCUUUGUCCAGGGUUGCGAUGGUUCAGUGCUUAUAUCAGGACCUAACACUGAAAGAACCGCUGGUGCAAACUUUAACCUUCGUGGUUUUGAAGUCAUUGACGAUGCCAAGACGCAGCUUGAGGCCGCGUGUCCUGGUGUCGUAUCGUGUGCCGAUAUUUUAACCUUAGCCGCUCGUGAUUCCAUCUCCCUCACGAAAGGACAAAGCUGGCAAGUCCCAACAGGACGCAGAGAUGGACGAGUUUCAUUGGCAACGAACGUUAACAAUCUUCCUUCUCCAAGUGACUCCGUGGAUGUUCAAAAAAGGAAGUUCGCCGCUUUCCGCCUCAACACUCGCGAUCUUGUCGCUCUCGUCGGAGGACACACGAUUGGAACAGCUGCAUGUGGGUUUUUCACAAACAGGAUAUUCAAUACGACGGGAAACAGAGCAGAUCCAACCAUGGACCAAACAUUCGUACCAGAACUUCAAAGACUUUGUCCUCUAAACGGAGACGCUUCAUCCCGCGCGGAUCUUGACUUCGGAAGUGGUGAUACUUUUGACACUUCAUUCUUCAACAAUCUUAGUCGUGGCAGAGGAAUUCUUCAGUCCGAUCAGGUUCUUUGGACUAAUCCAACGACUAGAUCUAUAGUGCAAGAGUUUAUCGCUUCCAAAGACAGCUUCAAUGUUCAGUUUGCAAGGUCGAUGGUGAAGAUGAGUAAUAUUGGUGUGAAGACAGGGGCAAAUGGGGAAAUUCGUAGGGUUUGUUCGACUGUUAAUUGA